ACGUUAUCCGCAUAUCUUUUAAUUCGGAUCUUCAAGCGUUUAACAUUAUAUAGAUCUUGUGAUACUCAUAUUAAGUGGAUUUGUAAAGAAGCAUCUUUAAACUAGAUUCUGUAUUCUUGUGUUGACAGGUGUUGUAGCCAGGUACAUAAACAUUUGGCCCAUCAUUUGGCAAAAUAUAACUGAAAAGGAACAACGUAUAAACAAGAGAAAUCACCGAAAUGACAAUUUAAAAGAAUUUUCUAAUUUAAGUAAAACAUAAGAAAAUUGUUUUUUGUACAAUUUAUAAAGAAGUUAUUUUUGACAAUGAGUGCGAAGCAGUUGUCAGUUGCGUUUUUACUUGUGUUGGUUGCCAAAGGAAUUACACAAGGCACUACAAACUGGCCAAAAGAUCGUGGUCUUAUAUUUACGACCUAUUAUACAUGGAGCAGCGAAAUCAAAGGUAGAAUACGACAUUUACAGGGAUUUCCGGGAUAUGAAAUCAUCACAGGUGAAUACGCUGGCUAUGAUGACGCAAUCACGCCUGACAUUCCGAAUUUUGCGUUCAUCAACGAAGAUACCAAAAUGCAAAGCAUCGAUGUUGACUUCCGGGAGAAAUCCGUCUUCAUGCAUGAUGACUUUUCGAGUACAAUUGCAUACAUCAGAGACUAUAACACAGACCUUAAUAACAUUACAAUCAACAACAUGGACCUUGCAGCGUCUAAGGGGACGGCACAAGUAGCGGUAGACUGGCUAUCACAUACAGUUUAUUGGACUGAUACCUUAUUUAGACGAAUCAUGGCAGUUCCUGGCCAACCUGACAAGUUGAAGAUGGGCUAUUAUAAAAUUAUUAUUGAAGAAAGUGUAGGAGCACCAAUGGGUAUUGCAGUUGAUCCACAUGAAGGGCUAUUGUUUUGGUCAGACGUUGGAGCUGAACGUAAAAUAGAAAGGUCCAACCUUGACGGGAACUUGGACUCAAGAGAAACAUUUUAUCUUGCUGAUAAUUCAUAUCCGUCAUGUCUUGAAUUAGACCGUAAAGAGAGAAAAAUAUAUUGGAUAGAAAGAUCUUUAGACAAAAUCUUGUAUAUGACAUACGAAGGAAAAGAGCGAACUUUGCUAAAAGGAAUGAGUGGCGUGACUUUAUACGAUAUGGCACUAUUUAGGGAUGUUUUGUAUGUUAGCGACACUUAUGAGGGCUAUUUGUACACAAUAAAUAAGACGAAAGAGGGCAAUGGUAAAAUGGAGGCAGAAAUUAUCACUUACUACCCUCAUGAUAUUUACGGUGUGGCGGUAUUUAGUGAAGAAACACAGCCUCUGAGAGAUAGAGAUUAUUGCGCCAUUUUGAAAUGUGACCAGUUUUGUAUUACGAUAAAAGGCAGUGCGAUAUGCGCAUGCGCUGAAGGACAUAGUCUUAAUUCAAGUACUCGUAAAUGUGAAGAGGAUAAAAAGUUUCUCGGGAAAGCCAUCGUGUUUGCAAAUGCUACUCACAUUUGUAUGGUAGAUACCCAAGUAUUGAUCUUACCCCAGACAAAGCAUUUUUGUGUAUUCACCGUUAUAAAACAGCAAAAGAGUUCACCUAUUCCGAAUAUGCGUCGGAGAAGGCAAGUUGAUUCAUCCACAACAGCAGCUGCGAAUAGCCCAACACCAACCGCAGCAAACAACCCAACACCUUCUUCUACCCCUCCAACAACACACACGCCUACCACAAUGCCUAAAACAACAAUACCUCCUACCCCAACGCCUCCAGCAACAACAACUGUUCCCACAACAACAAUGAUCCCUACAGCUGCGCCUGGAGACAUUAUAAAACAUUUUGAUAUGGAUAUGAAAAACAGGAUCUUUUUCAUAGUAACAGCGGAUAAUUCCAUAUAUAAACGACUGAUUGAUUUAUCUAUCGAGAACGAUGCAAAGGAGUUAAUAGUGAAAGCAUCUGGAAAUAUCAGCGGUAUAGUAUAUGAUGCUGAAGAUUCGAACAACCUGUACUGGUGUGAAUCAAAUACAAAUAAUAUUUGGGUUGUUAAUAUCGUUACAAGGGCUGUGAGGAAAGUUAAUCUAGACAACGAAACUAGAAUUGAUAAUCCACGAAGCCUUAUUAUUAUGCUCAAAGAGAGGAAACUGGCUAUGAUAACUGGAACAGAUGAUGGUGAUGAACGCUUUUCUAUAAAAACAAUGACUUUGGACGGACAAAACGUCGAUGUUGUUGUGUCAGGAAAGAACGAAAUUUCAUCAUUUUAUUAUAACCGCGAAGAACAAAGAUUCUAUUACAACAGAGGAGCAUAUGCUUAUAAAGCUUCUCCUGAUGGUAAAAUUGAUUCUGUAGAACAUUACGGAGUCAGCAUCCAUACUUAUAUUUUGUUGCAGUAUCAGAAUUUCAUAGUUUGGGUUUACCACAACGAUACACAUAGUAAUAUUGUAAGGUCACGAAACACCUUGACAAAUGUUAACAUGAAUCUUGUAUCUUUUGAUAAUUCUGAAUUAGUAGACAUGAAACCUCUGGAUGCCAGUAUCCAAAAUACAGAUGUUGUUAGUCCUUGUGCUUACGAUAACGGAGGUUGUUCUCAAAUUUGCGUCACACAUUACGUUGACUCUAAAAUAACACGGGUCUGUGAAUGUCCAAUAGGAUAUACAGUCGAAAAUGAAGUCAACUGUACAACAAACAAUGUUGAUGACAAUUUUCUGCUGGUAACUGAUUGGUCUAUAGAAGAGAUAUUACAGAUUGAUAAUCUCACUAACGAAGUACACGUCGUUCCUGGGGAUGAAGAUGCUGAGUACAUGGGCAUUUUUGUUGAUCAGAAAAAGAAACGGAUGAUAUGGGCUCAUUAUUUUGAUGAAGAAGUAGUGAGCGCCAAUUUCAACGGAUCUGACCGCAAAGUAAUUGCAGACUUAGGAUAUUCUGGAUAUGCAUACCGGUUUGACCAAGAUGUCACCACUGGAAAUAUAUAUUAUACCGCAUAUUUUGAUACAUACCUGGGGUUAAUUACACCGGAUGGACACUAUACAAUAUUGAGUCAAGAUUUCGGUUGGGAUUCUUUACUAGAUAUUGCUGUAUAUCCUGUUAAAGGUUGGAUGUACUUUACUUUAGACGGAUACCCAAGUUACGUCGGUCGUUCCAACAUGGAUGGGUCUAACCAUGAGCAGCUGAUUUCUGGCGAUCAUGUUGGAUACCCUGAUGGUUUAGCAAUCAAUCAUAUAACUGAUCGUCUCUAUUGGUCGGAUGCUACUUACGACACAAUACAAGACUGUGACAUGGAUGGCCAGGAUUGCAUCACUAUUGUGAAUAUGACCGCGCUUUCUAUCCGUGAAGAAAUUAGGGAUUUGGUCACGGAUGGAGUUUAUCUUUAUUACUCAACGUAUCGGAAAGAUCACGUGGUUCGUGUAAGUUUGAAGAAACCAUAUACAAGAACACCUGUUGGUCAGAAUUAUGCUCUAGGGAAACUAGACAGCAUGACACUGUAUAGUAGUACAGACAUUAAUAUCCAGAAACCCAACAGUUUGUGUCAAGCUCGAAAUGGCCUUGGAGACUGCAGUACAAUAUGUGUACCAACAGAACUCAGCAGGACAUGUGCUUGUGAAGAUGGUGUUAGUCUGAAAGCAGAUCAGAGAACAUGUGAAAAUAUAUAUCAAUGCCCAAUCCUUAUUGAACAGAAAGUUACCUCAGAUACGGGUUUGGAAAAAACAAUUGAAAUAACUAUUGAAAGAACUUGCAACAGAUUUCUACACGAUAAAUGUAACUAUGAAUGCCCGAAUAAUUACGAACCAUUGUUUGAUACAGAAAUGUCCUGUACUAGUGCAGGAUGGAGCAUGGAAUCUCGCACAUUAUGCAAAGAAGUAAGAUGCCCAUUAACCGUUGGUAAUGGUAAAAUUGUUGGCGAUUGUAAACGUGAGGUCGGUGAUAAAUGUGAAUACCAGUGUAACACCGGCUUUAUACAGACACGUACAGCAGCAGUUUGUACGAAAACGGGACAAUAUCACGAGCCGGAAGGUGGUUUCUGCAUACCAUUCAAGUGUAGUGACACUAUCGAAAACGGCAUGAUGGGCAAAGAUUGUACGAGACUUACUGGCAGCACAUGUGACUACAUGUGCAAUAAGUUUUAUGCUCCAAAUCCUAAAUACCCUAAAGCACAGUGUCAAGGAACUGGAUGGAGUCCUGACUCGUCUAGUCUUUGUCAAGAAACAACGUGUCAAGCUGAUUCCUUCCCUAACGGACAGUUCUCGCCAACAUGUCUACACAAAAUAGGUGAUGCAUGUACAUUUACCUGUAAGCCAGGCUAUGUCAAAACAACUGAACUAGCUUUUUGUAAAAAUGACAAAAUGUGGCACCCUGAAGAUGCAUGCUCCGAAUCAAUCUGCGAAGAUACCUCUUUGACAAACGGGAAAGUUAUUGGAAGCUGCUCAAAGAAGAUUGGGAUAGAUUGUGCAGUUGUAUGUAACCAAGGCUAUGUAAAUAUGACAGACAAAGCAUUCUGUAGAAAUGACAAGAAGUG